CCGAGACAGCAGCAGACACGGACGGACGCCCUCGCUCGUCUUCAUCUCGUGUCUUUCCAAAUGGCAACGACGGCGGACGACCAGCGGGAAACGGAGGACGCCGUCGCCGCGUUGUCGACGCACCACCGCGGCUGCCACCACAACAGCAACAACAACAAUAAUAACAACAACAACAACAAAGAUAACGAGGCGGGAGAGACCGCGACGUCCGCCACCCCCGCCAGCACCACCGAACCCGGCGGGACGGCGUCACAGAGCAUCGGCAACGGCUCGGUAAUCAACCCCACCGGCGGAAACAGCGGGAAGUGGGUCCGGCUAAACGUCGGCGGCACCGUGUUCCUCACAACGCGGCAGACGCUCCUCAAAGAGCAAACUUCGUUCCUGUACCGGCUGUGCCAACAGCAGGACCUGCACUCAGACACGGAUGAGUCUGGAGCCUAUGUGAUUGACAGAGACCCCACUUACUUUGGUCCCAUCCUCAACUACUUGCGGCAUGGCAAACUGGUCUACAACAAGGAGCUGGCAGAAGAAGGCGUCCUGGAGGAGGCUGAGUUUUACAACAUCACCCCACUGAUCAAACUGAUCAAGGAAAGGAUUGUGGAGAGGGACUCCAAAGCCACACAGCAGGUGCCCCCCAAGCAUGUCUACCGAGUGUUGCAAUGCCAGGAGGAGGAGCUCACCCAGAUGGUCUCCACGAUGUCGGACGGCUGGAAGUUUGAGCAGGUCAGCGUGCGCGCCUGCAGAAAGCCCCGCACCGGACUGCUCUGGACUAUGGUGAACAUCGGCUCGUCGUACAGCUACGGGACAGAGGACCAGGCUGAGUUUCUCUGUGUUGUGUCCAAGGAGCUUCACACUCCAGGAUCUGGAUUGGCGACGGAGCAGAGCCACAAAACCAAGCCGACCGAGAUGCAGGAAGAGGAAGCCGCGAAGGAUGAGGAGGAGGAGGAGGAGGAGGAGGAGGGAGGGAGAGAUACCACGCCAAAUGAUUGGCUUAGAGAUUGAGGGAGUCAUGUUUCUUUGUUCCAAAGGGAGGCGGAAUGGCUUUUCCAGAUCCACGGGUCCCGGAUGUAGAAAUCAAAAGAAUAUAGCUUAUUUUUUUCUCGUCUUAUCCCUACAUGGUAUCCGCGCGCAUCAACGGACACUCAUCAAAACAGAGUUGUAGCAUCAGUUCUUUGACAAAAAUGCCAGUAAGAAAGAUUACCCAAAGGUAAAUUACAGCAACAUGUUCAGAAACAUUUUUCAGUCAGUAUAUUUUUUUUAAUGUAGAAAUGGUCAUGCAUUGGUGCGCACAAACGUUAUAUAUUGCCAAGGGCAAUAGUGGAGCUUAGUAAAUUCUAACCAAAGAUCAAGAUUAAAGCCGAACUAAGGUGCUCAACCAAAACACGACAGAAAAAAUCUGCCUGAAGAAAACUUUGUAGUGUAAAGUGAGCUGAUUCUGCGUCACUAUUACCUGAUAAAUGAAAGGAUCAGAUGAUAACAGUGUUGUGCAACUUUGAAUUAUUACAUUCCUUAAUGUUCCCAUAGUCUUUUCACUUUUUUUGUACUUGAGGCACAAGUUUGGAGAGAAAAAAAUCACCUUGGUCAACAAGCUGUUGACUGCAGGUAUUUCAGCCAGGACAUGGUUAAGCUUGUAGAAAACCACGACAAUUGCAUUAUUUGUUCCCGUCAGUGUGAAAACACUGGUUAGAUCUCAUUGUUCACUGACUCUGCAGCCCAAGCGGAUCUUACCAGUGUGAACUGCAUACAAAGAAGGGCUAUCCCCUAAAAGUUAGAAAUUCAAAUCAACAGUCAGAGACCCACAGAAAUGAAAGAAGCUGCUUGGACAGGUGGAGGGCUCGUAUACAUGCUGUGUCUUUAACUGCUUGGAAAAUGCGAGGUCAAGCGCUGGGUGCUACCCUUGUGCCAGCUUUGAAGAGCACAGAGGCAGGAUGCGUCUGGGUUGCUAAAUAACCAUCACGAGGGCACUAUCAUAGCUCUUACCAGAACUCCCAAGUGCAGAGCUGAUCGUCCUCCAGAAGAUGUUUUGUAAGUGUUUUUUUGCCCUAAAAUAUAGUCCGUGGGACAGAUGUGAAGCUGGGUAUCCGUGUGCUUAAAUGAUCAACUUUGCCUCAGUAUUUACCACAGACUGAUAUUUAUGGAUGAAGGGACGAUAUCUGCCGACUGUGAUUGAUUGUUGUCCUUACAUGACAUGCAGCAGCACCUGCCACGUAUCCGCAUUAAAAACAAUAGAGUUGAGGCAGCACAAAUAAAGUAGCAUGUGUACAGGCCCUUUUGCUUCGAAUUCGUGAAUUAACAGCUCACAGCAACUUAAUACGAUAAGGUCUCUGGCUUUUGUUUGAUAUCUAAUUUUGGCAAACAAUGUUGCACAUUAUCCAUUAGCUUAUUUACUGUAAGACUUGAAUGUCACACUCACACUGAUCCCCAUUUAAACUUUCAAACUUUAUGUAAAAAUUGAACAACUAAAUCUGAUUCGACUGGCAUAAUUCUGGGUAAAGCCCUAACACAGCACGUGUGAGUCAGUGCAGUACAGUUCUGAGUUGUGGGGAUGCAUUGACCUUACCUACCUGUAGUUAUGUGCUCUGUGUGAACAGUGGUUUAAUCUCAUGAAUCAGAUGUUAGCGCAGCCAUCUAUCAGUUUGAUGGAAUCAGUGUAGCUGGAGACAGACAUGUUAUCUUAUUCCUCACUGUUGCUUACUGGUCACCUUAAAAAGGUUUUAUCCCCCUGCAGACAAGCUGUCCAACAGACCUCGUAUACUGCUCUACAUUUUCCCCUGCACCAACACCCUGUCGUGCACUGAUGCACACCUGCAUCACCUCGUGCUGGUGCAUGCUCAGCAGCAGUGUCGUCUCAGUCUGUCACUCUGGCUGAGAUCCAGAGCCCAGACCGACAGAGAGAUGUUGGCAUGAGUCACAAAAAGACUGUAACAGAGACGUGUUGAGGGCAGGAGGAGGCGGUAUCAAAAGGAGAAGGAGAGACAGGAGAAUGAGUUGUAGCUCCGUUUUCUAACAGUGAUCGUCCAAAAAUGUCCUCUGUCAUCAUCUUUGUUUGUAAAAAGGAAAAAGGAAGAGCAGAUCUGCCGCAGUGCAGGUGUAUGAUUGAAAAGGGUCUAGGAAGUUAGAUCACACACAAAUUUUAACAACCUCUGUUGGCAACUUGUAGGAACUACACCACAAAUCAAAUGUGUAUCCCCUGCACAAAGUCCGUGGCUCAACCCUUGACAGUUUGUGUAGUGCUGUUUCAUUUCUAGGUGUUGCCAGCACAUUUAAAGUAAAACUCUGGAGCUGGAAAACAAAGUAACUUAAAAAUAACAGGGUGUUCUGUUUUUAUCAGCAGGUAAUAUAAUGUGUAAAUAUGCCUAAAAUACAUCUAUAACAGCCCAAAGUCAUGUUGCAGCUUAUCAGAAAACAUUAAACGAAAACAAAAGAAUAUAUAGAAAAUACUUUGUUAAACAGAUUCUGAUGGAAGCAGGGCAGGUCAUAUUCCUGGAGGCAUAAAUUACUCAAAUAAUUGAGUUGAUCAGCAGUGGGAGGAGCCAAACAACCAUAACAUUAAAGGGUUGCCAUACUAGUUAUCUAAUUAGUGCAGUCUGCAUUCCAAAUUGAAAGUUGAAACGGACAACUUUUCAACUUUUUCCAUUCUAGCAUUUACAAGUGAUAUUGUCGUUGGCUCCGCUGUUGUGGAGCUGGACUGCUUUCUGUUUUCCUCAAAGCUGAGCAACAGGGAUCUCUGUCUUGGCCGGUUAGAGUUUCCACAGUUUCUGCAAUUGUUCAUCAUCCACUGUUUCUUCUACUUGCAAUAGUAGCUGCAUACAACCAAAAUUAUACUUUUUGUAAUUGGGGAGAGCUACCAACAGCUAGAAAAGCUCUAUCCUUUUCUUGUUUUUGUUAUGCAAUGGUCGACACACUUCCAUUCUCUCCAGGAUUUCACUGGCUGUUUUGGGAUUAUUGUGAACUGAAAUAUCUGAUUUCACUUUAGUUUUUCUACAAAGUGGAAAUGCAUGCUCCACAGAUAAGGACAGGGAGAUAGAGAGAGACUGAAUGAAUCAAUACACUGCAUGCAGCUCUACAACAAAAUAAUAUUUUACCUGUUUCAAAUAGUUAAAUUUGUGGCACAGUUGUGGUGAUUGGAAAAAAUUGGGCGGUUGCACAGAUUUCAUAGGGAUUGGCAGAAUUUGUGUGAAUUGUUGUGAUCACAAUAUCCUGGAGGGACUGACUUUCUUUGUGCCGCAAAUCAAGCCUUCAUUUUUCCGGGAGGUUGUUACUGGUGGCACACAGAAUGGCACAAUGACAGUGAGGCUUACUGGGAACCAGUUGAACUGCUGAUGGUGGCAUUUUUCUAACAACAUAACACUGCAAUCAUCAUUUACUUCAUAAAGUUAAGGCAAAAUUCUUAUCAGUACUGGCCAACAGCUGUGUAGAUAAGACGCAGACAUGAUGAAAAUAUUUCCUAAAAAAAACCUGGGAGCUGUAGUUUUUAGUAACAUUACUCAAACAUGGGUAUAUAAAACAAUAAAACAAUUUUUCUAGUUUAUUUUCACUUUUAGCUGCAGUCCAAAUCACAUUUGGUAGGACUAAUUCAUAGUUGUUUUUGUUUUUUAUGGAAGUGGUUGACCAGAAUUAAAAUAUUAAAUAUCACUUAAUGUAUCCUUAAGUUAGUUGUGAAAGCUGUCCUGAAUUAACCCUAAGAAAAACUACAGUUCUUUGGCUCUGCCCGCUGAGGUUCAUCUCACGUAGAGAGAUUAUUUCUGCCUCUAAAGAUUUGGGCAGCCAUAUUGAGCGCUUGCUGUCAGCAGCUUAUGUCGAACCCCCCCGCUGUUUAGCUCCUUUGUAACAGACUGACUGAUUGACCGGCAACACACAGUCGGGAAACACACACGGGCUGUUUUAUACAGGCAAUAAGCACUUAGAGUUACAACGUGAGACAAUCCAGAAUUAGGAUCAUGACUUUUUUAAUAACAUUUUGAUAAUUAAAUCGAAAAAAAAAAAAGGCUGCAAAUACAAUAUUGUGUGCGUGCAUAGUGUCUCGUCCAUCUGAAGUAUAAACAGAUAUCCAGAACCUUUAAGGUUCUUUGCAAUACCUUAUAAAUGUUAGAAUAGUUACAUCAUGCUUCUGAUAAUCACAGUGACAGUGAUAUUAGCAGGAGGAAGAAGACUUUUUGUCAUUUUAUCUUUUUCUCACCUUUAUUUUUCUGCUCAGAUCAUUCGGUGCCUUGAGUUUAAGCAAAACUGACACCGACGUCAAAAAAUGGUCAUAGGUGUUUUACAUUUUUUUUAUAUGAUAUAUUAUAGCAGACGAAUGGGUAGUUUAUGAUCUCACUGAAAGUCCAAGUUUGUGUAAAUUCCUUCCAGUGCAUGUUUGUUCUGAGAAUUUUAUUUUUCAUAAAGUGCUGAGAUAAAGAAAGCUGAGUGUGAGGUGAAGCUGCUUUCAUGCAGCUCUUGCAGAAGGCUGAAGCUGUUUUAUAUAAAAUGUCAUGCUUUUUUUAUUUUUUUGUAUGUUCAGUUGUCUAAUUUAUUCUUUUGUUUUGAAUGUUACACGAUAAAAAGAAUUUCAACAUUUUUAAGUGGGGCGGGGGGGUUAAUGUCAUCUUUGGGUGACUUUUGCUUUUUUUCUACUUGACUUAUUUUUGACUAACCUGAUGAGCAACGAUAUAUAGAAAUACAAUCAUCAGGUUUACUAAGUAUGUUCGUUUUAGUUCACGUAAAUGGAGUUUUUUUUUCUUUGAUGAAAAUGAGUAGGUCAGUUUUAUAAACCUUCAUUUGCAUGUCCAGUGACCUGGUUUGGUUUGCUGGAUCCACACUUACUUUUCAUAUGUGUACACUGUGUUGUUUCUGCUGUACAGUAGAGUGUGUUUUCACAUAGUAUUCGAUGUGUAAAAGUCCUCUUUCAUUAUUCUGUGCAAAAAACAAACAUCUGCCAGGCAGCUGUGGAUAGAAAAAUAUCUUAAUCUGAUGCUGGAGUUUUGUUUUUUUUUCUGCUGUCCAUAGAGCCUCAGUGUCUGUAUACAUCAAACAAUGUGACACAUGCAUUGUAUAACGCCUCAGAUGAACCUGUACAGGCUUCAACGAACACUGUUUUGAUUUUUGUAUUUCACCUGAAAAACAUUUUCAACAAU